CACGAAUGUCAGGUUAUUCAAGGGCGAAAAGAGAGUUCCUAUUAAUCAAAUAAAUUUUGCCAUAAUCAGAGUUUAUCUAUACAAAACAUACAAUAGAUUGAUAGAAUGUUCAUCGAUUUAUUGUUACUAACGAUUUUAUGUAAGAUGGAGCAUCAAAUUCUAUAUAUCUUGUAAAUCGCUAUGUUUUGCCAUGUUUAUAAAUCUCAUGCAAGUGAUGAUUGUGCAGUUUAACUUGGUAACACAAUUCUCGCUGAUCUAUUAAAUUUCUUCAAACAUUGUUGUUGGCGCGAAAACCAUUCCACUCAAUGAGACGUUCAGAGCUGAACACAGAGACCAUGAAUUCGUAAAACAAUGCCCAUUACACAUUGCGAGCACUUUGUGUGGUAUGGCAUUGUUCGUUGCAUGGGCAGGUGGAUUUUCCAUGGUUUCCAUUUUGGGUUGUAAACAAAUCUCACAAAAUUUGGUGCUUGUAACCAAUGUAGAUUCAGAACAUUUCCUCUGUUACUUGCCAAAAAGUUGUUUGCAAGGAAAGGACAUUUGAAAAGAAAGACAGAAAAGUUUGCUAAGCACAAGAAGAAUCGCAGUUUCAAAAUGGAUGUCCAAAUGAAAAGCUAUGAGAAACAAACAACAAUCAAUGUGGCUGCAAUAACAGACGCAGAGCACCAGACUGAGAGUACUAGUAACAGCAGCUCAACUCGUAGUCUGCCUAGAACAAAAAUCAUCUCAAAUACUCCUGAGUCAUCUCUGGCCGUGAAACAAAAUCAGUCUGGAGUCCGACUUUUCAUGCGACAUUUGAAUAGACAAAGAAGGAAUGUACAUCCGGAAGAAGGAAGACUAUCGCCGCAGCUAAUAAUUCGCAAUGGUGAAUAUGAAAUAUUUGAUCCAGAAGAUACUUUGCAGAAGAAAGACACCAAAAUGUCCUUUCACAAAAAAAAGUAUUGGUCAGAAUUCAACAAUCGCAGUGGCAGUUGCUUUGCAUCAAUUAAGCGGAGAAUGGACUUUUUGAGAUUCAAGUAUGGUGAUCUUGUGCCUUUCUUACGAAAACACAUCAAGCGAAUAGAAGGUGGAUAUGGAAGUGGCGUGGCAGCCGUGUUUAAGUUUACGCGUUGGGCUAUUCUUCUCAAUGUGAUGCUUUCACUUAUUUGGGUUGGAUUUUUGGUCACUCCAGCCGCUAUCAAGUUCGACUAUAGCUCCAUUGCUCACAUUAAAUUUGAAGUUUCUAACCUGUUUGAUGGAAAGGGCAAGCUUCAAAAUACUUGGAUGUUCUAUGGAAGCUACCCAUCAGACAUGAACGGCUACAGAAUUGACUAUGCCUACAUAGUCAUAGGACUGCUAACGUUCUUUGGCAGCUUGCUUGUCAUCUUGAAGAGUGCCGUUGAAUCAAAUACGAUGGAAUAUGUUGAUCCCUUUAGCAAGCUUGUCUUGGCCUCCUGGGACUUUUCAGUGACAGAAAAGCAAGCUGUAAAAAGUGUCGCAAAAGGAAUCAUAACCCAGGCAAAAGAUUUGCUGUCAGAAGAACACGCUUUGAACAUGAAAAUGUCCAGAAAGAGAGGACAGAAGUGCUUUAUCUACUUGCGAAGAGCAUUCGCUUGGACUUUAAGUGGAGCUCUAACUGCCGGUGCGUGUGUGACAAUUUACUUCUUUCUUGUCAAAGUCACAGUUGCUGAAGUUAUAAUAAACAAUACCAAUGUUCAGAUUGGAAGAACGUUCCUAGAAGUAUACGGGUUUUCACUUUUAUUUGCGCUGCUAAAUUCGGUUUUACCACUCAUUAUACAAGCACUUACCUUCAUUGAGUCAUACGAGAGCGGGCUGCACGUGAUCUACGUAAACGUCAUAAGGAUUUUUAUGCUGCGAUUCCUUAACUUAUUUGCACUCAUUUUCACGCUCUAUGAUACGAUCACAUCGAGCUCGUUUCGUGGUUGUGGUGGCACCUUCAUUGGACAAGAAUUCUACAAGAUCAUACUUCUUGACAUUGCAGUUGUGACCAUUGUUCAAGUGUCAUCCAAGUUUGGUCUAUACCUGAUAAGAGGCAAAAGAAAAAAGGAACCAGAUGUUUCAAAAGUUGUUCUCCAAAUAGUUUAUCGUCAGGCCCUGAUUUGGGCAGGCACGUUCUUCUGCCCAGUUCUCCCACUUCUCGGCAUAUUGGCUCAGUGUCUGGUCUUCAUCGUUAACUAUGUCAUCAUUUUGGUUACGUGCAAGGCCCCAUCCAAAAGAUUUAAGCAAACGGAAGGAAUCCUGUUCUUCAAAGGAUGCCUGAUUUUCUCUUUGCUGUGCCUGCUUGUUCCAAUUAGCACCGUUUUUGCAUCAAAAUACGUAAUGAUUAGUACGCUAACGACAAGCUAUUCAAACGGCACCAUAGCUAAAAUGCCGUGUGGUCCUUUCGGUGACAAACCACCGCUGCAAGUGCUCGAAGAAGGCAAAAGUAGUUUACCAAACUGGCUCUCCAUCUUAGCCAAUUGGAUCACAUCCACUGCAGUUUUUCCAGCAAUAUUGAUCAUGAGUAUCAUUAUUUACAUUCAACGAUUACAGUUCCUCAACGAAAGAAAACAGUUUCGACAGCUCCAAAUAGAUUAUCUAGAGUAUCAAAAGCGAAGUAAUUUGAACUUGCUUAGAAGAAAAAGGGACGAUAAAGUUUAAGAGUGGCUUAAACGGAUGUCAUAGAGCUCAAGGAGGCUUAAUUGCAAAUAUAAACGCCGAAAGCUCACUCUGAAAGUGAUUUGCGUACCGGAACGGAUAAGCGUACCGGAUCGGAUAGGCAUACCGGAUCGGAUAGGCGUGCCGGAUCGGAUAGGCAUACCGGAUUGGAUAGAGUUGUUAUGCUAUGUUUAGCUUGAAUCAGAGGCCGUUUUGGAUUAAAAUUACAUCAGUUACAUAAUUCAAUGAAAGCAAAAGAUACAUUUUGACGUAAAUGACCAAUUUUUUAGUGACCUAAACACUUAGUUCCAGUGCCACGAAAAAUUAAAAGAAAAAAGCAAAAUUAAAUGUGUACCUUUUUCUUUGUAUAUCGUAUGUACCAGAGUAAAAAGACGAUGGCACAUGCGACUUGCGCAUCGAAGGCGCGUGCGCAGCACAAAUUCUGAUCCGAUACGCGGAUGAUUUUCUGGACCGGAUUUUCGGCUUUAGAAGAAAAAAUGCCCAUUAAAUGUAAACACCGAGACGAAAGUAUGUUUUUAGUAUGGCACAGUUAAAACACUUUGGUUAAAGACGCGAAAGACAAAGAUUCUUAACUUGCAUUAAAACCGUAUUAUAUGUAAAAUAAUAAAAAAUAUUCAAAUUUGUAAAACGUUUAGUAUUUUAGACUCAAACGAUACAAGCAUACAUAAGCGCUCAUAUCGCUUUCAUAUCUUAUGAGAUGCCACAGAAUUAAGAAUUUAAAUGCAACAAUAAAGCAAAUUAAAGCAUUCUGUGGCACAAUUUUUCAUUCAUUGAAGAAUUGUUCAUUCAUUUUUUUCAAAUCCAUUAAUUGAAAUACUUUUCCUGAAUUGUAAUUACAAUCAUAGCCUACUGCACGGACUAUGCUCGAUGGGAGAGUGGUGGGUAGGGUCCUAUAGGGAAGUUGAUAAAAAAUGUAUUUCCGCGAACUCCAAUACUCCUGAAGUAUUGCUAUUGUACCAUGAAAGCUCGUAUUGUAAAGAAUAAAUGACCACUACAGGUGCUCUAUACAAAUAUAGUCAAUUUGUUAUUGCCUCAGUUUGAUUCCUCUUUAUAACAACUCGCGAAGCAGACAGGGCGGUUCAAGGUGAGGGGGUUGGGGCUACGAAACCUGAAAGGCAAAAGGCAAAAAAAAGAAAAUUGACAAAGGCUUUAUAACUGUAACAUCACUGAAUGACGCAUGCUCAAGUAUGUACCAUCCUUCACGAUGGAAAACGCACAGAGAAAUAAACAAAAGAACGAAAUGAUUAACAUUGAAACGUUAGGUGCACCAUCACAAAAAGGAAGUUGUCCCACGCCAAGCAUGAAAAACAACUGGAUCGUAAGUGAAAAUGAUCACGUGACGACAGAUAG